UCCCGGCUCCGCGGCGGCUGCAGGACCCGGCUCCGCUCUGCGCCCGCCUGCUGCUCUGGGGACCCCGACCCGGGACGCCCCCUCCCGCCUCCUCCAGCAGCCCAGACCCCAGGCUCCGCCCCAGACCUGGCCAGAGCCCCAGUCCUUAUCAGGGGAGCCCCAGGAUUGCCCCUGCUCUCUCCUCUUCUCAGGGUCUCUCUCUCCCCCUGUCUCUCUCUGUGUCUGUCUCUUUCCCUAGCUCAAGGUGUCUGGGUCUCAGCAUCUCUCAGCCCAGGGCCUGUGAGCGUCUCCCUGUCUCUCUGUCUCUCUCUGACCUGUCCACUUCCAGAGCCCCAGAAGCUCUGAGCCCGAGGACAGCGGGGUCUUAGACCUGAUCUCUGCCUCUCCUUCUCUCUCUCUGUCCCUUUCAAGCCCCCUCUGUGUUUCCCCCAGUCGCCAGACCUGCGAGUCUCAGCAUUCCUCAGCCUCGAGGUCUCGGUGGGAGUCUAGAUCCUCGGCUCUGUCUGUCUGCCUCUCUGGGUGCCCCUGCCCCUCUCGGGCUCUCUGCCUCUGUUUCUAUUCUCCUUCCCUCCCUGCCUCCCCCAUUCUCAAGGCCCAUCUCCCUCCUUGCAGCCUCCCCCUCCCUCCCCGCCCCUCCCCUCCUCCGCAGUAGCCAAUGAGCGGCCGCGGGUCCCAGCUCCCGGCGCCGUCCGCCGAGUGAGGCCGCGGGCGCGGGGGGUGGGGGGUGGGAGGCCGGGAGGGGGCCGGGACGCCGGGCUCCGGGGCGGGGGCGGGGGGCGCGGGCACCGGCGACCCCGGUGGCGGCGGCGGCGGCCGGGGGAAGCCGCGGGGCCGGUCAUGCGGCUGCGGGGCCCGCGGCCCGGAGCGUGCGCCCAGCCCUGAGCGAGGCCCCGCAGGGCGCCCCCCGCCGCUGAGGAUGAGUCACUGCAGCAGCCGCGCCCUGACCCUGCUGAGCAGCGUGUUUGGUGCGUGUGGCCUCCUGCUAGUGGGCAUCGCGGUCAGCACUGAUUACUGGCUGUACAUGGAGGAGGGAACGGUGCUGCCGCAGAACCAGACCACGGAGGUCAAGAUGGCGCUGCAUGCUGGCCUCUGGCGAGUCUGCUUCUUCGCAGGCCGGGAGAAGGGUCGCUGUGUGGCCUCGGAGUAUUUCCUUGAACCGGAGAUCAACUUGGUGACGGAAAACACGGAGAAUAUUCUGAAGACAGUGCGCACGGCCACCCCAUUCCCCAUGGUCAGUCUCUUCCUAGUGUUCACGGCCUUCGUCAUCAGUAACAUCGGCCACAUCCGCCCGCAGAGGACCAUUCUGGCCUUCGUUUCUGGCAUCUUCUUCAUCCUAUCCGGGCUCUCCUUGGUGGUGGGCUUGGUUCUCUACAUUUCCAGCAUCAACGACGAGGUCAUGAACAGGCCCAGCAGCUCUGAGCAGUAUUUCCACUAUCGCUACGGGUGGUCUUUUGCCUUCGCGGCUUCCUCCUUCCUCCUCAAAGAGGGGGCCGGCGUGAUGUCCGUGUACUUGUUCACCAAGCGCUAUGCGGAGGAGGAGAUGUACCGCCCGCACCCGGCCUUCUACCGCCCGCGCCUCAGCGACUGCUCCGACUACUCGGGCCAGUUUCUGCAGCCCGAGGCGUGGCGCCGCGGCCGCAGCCCCUCCGACAUCUCCAGCGACGUCUCCAUCCAGAUGACGCAGAACUACCCUCCCGCCAUCAAGUACCCGGACCACCUGCACAUCUCCACCUCGCCCUGCUGAGGCCCGCCCCUCGGCUCUCCCUUCUCCUUCCCCUCCUCCUUCUCCUCCUGCUCCACCUCCGCCCUUGGGGGUCUCCGGGCCCCAGGGCUCAGCUCCCUCCCUCGGGACUUCACGACCCUGCCCCCCCCAGGAUGCUGCGCACGCUUUAGCCCCGCCCUCUUCUCGGUGGCCCCGCGCCUCCGUGCGGGUCCCUUAUACUUUCCAAGGGCUCCUCCCCCCUUCGGGGUCUGUCGACCUCCUCGGUCCCAGCCACUCUCAGACGGCCCCCCCUUUCUCCCUGGUCCGCCCCCUCCCUCUGGCCCUCCCCUCCCCUCCCCUCCAGUUCCCGGCGGCGGGUUUCCCUGACCCGCGCACUGCGCAUGGGGGGGCAGCGAUGCGGGCGCCCACCCACCCUGAGCCCCGCAGCCUGCCGGCUCGCCGCAGGGGCGCUGGGCUGGAGAGUAGGUUGGGCAGCCGCCCGGAAUGCCAACCAGCCUCUUCUCGCCUGGGCCCCAACUUCUCUAUCUCCCCGCCCAAUCUCAUCCCGGGAUCUUCUGGGCCCGCGGGUGCAGCGAGCCGCCUUCUUGCUGCGCCCGCAGCUGCGGGGUGGGGUGGGAGGCUGGAGGCCGGGGCGUACUCAACCCGGUGUCCCCCCUCCCCCAACUCAGUUCUCUGCUCCACUGGGAGGCCCCAUUCUUCCUCACCAGCUGGGCUCUUCUCGGCCUCCUGAAGGUCACCUGCCUUUCAGGGGGCGCCGUCGGAAGGAUCUCCUUGCUUUCUCAGCUGCCCUUGGCUUCUUUUUCUUUCUCUUCCUCGAGCUCUGUCUCCCUUCCUCCUUCCUUCCGCUCACCCAAAGCCCCUAGGUUCAUCUAGCCCCGCACGCCACACGACAGGGCUCGAGACCCUAGGGUGGAGGGAAUUCCUCCGUGCCAUUUCCACACCUGUGCCGGCCUCUCCCCCCUCGAGGCCCCGUCGGGGGAGGGAGAGGCAGUAGCGGGGGUCGAAACCCCCCAAACCUCGAAGUCUUCCAUUUUCUGGCACUCCCCCUCAUUGAAGUCCCCCUUCCCAUCUCAGACCCCCCAACUCUGGCCUCUUUCAAGGGUCCGUCUGCCCCCUUGGACAGAUUUGGGGGGGUCACCAGAGACUCGCCCUUCCCCCCGUUAGGGGGGCGGGGGCGAGGUAGCACAGUGUUGUACACGGAACCAGAAAGGCCCCCGGGGUGGGGGGAGGGGGGCAGGGGAGGGACGGGGGCUUUUAGUUUGCAUCUUAGGUGGGAGGGGGGAGGGGGGACCGCAGCAGUUAACCUGUCUUUACGCAGCGAUUUUUAACGAGGCUGGGGGGUGGGGGGCUUGGGGGUGGGGAAGGGGUGGGGAGGGGGGGCCUGGCUCUGUUAUUUGCCGUGUAUCAUAUGUAAAUACCGACAGAAACUUCAAUAAACUUUAUUUCAAACACGUCUCCGCCUGCCGAGGGGGAGGGGAUCGGAUACAGGGUCUGGGUCCUGGUCUCUGCCCCCAGGGUGGGGGCCUCUGAGUCCCGCAGAACAAGGUUAGGAUGAUCUUUGUUAAGUUGCUUAAUCAUCCUCAUUAUUAACAGCAGCACUUUAUAAUUCACUCCGUGUAAAGCGUGUAGGACAGCAAACGA